AUGAAGGUUCGUGCAGCUCAUGCAGCCUAUGCUUCAGGACGGAAAUUCCUGCCAAACCCGCUGUCCUGGGCUGGCGGAGAGUUGACUUGCAACCGAGAUGCCGCAGAUGCAAAGUAUCAGGCAUCUGCGGAGCAAGUGCAAGAAGGUGUUGCCCAGCGCGUGGCAUGUUUGUAUUUGGCGGCGCUGCCGAAUGACAACGCGCCCAUCAGAAGGAUGGCUCGCACCUUUGCUCGGCACUGCGAUUGGGCCUCGUUUUUCGCCACGCCCAGGAGGGACGAGGAGGGACGCAGUUCCUGGCGCAUCAGCGUUGGACGGCGCGAGUUUGAAAUCGUGAACUUGGCACGGGCUUUUCCUGAAGCACAAGCAGAUAAGAGCUGGAUGAAAAUGCAAUGGGUCGAUGAAGGCAUCCCAGUACCUGCUGCUCCCGGCUCUGAUACUUUCCGCAAGCGCUUGUGGUCGGGCAACACAAUCCAGAAAAGCUUACUCAUGGCUGUCUACACAGCUCGGCGCAGUCUAGAUCGCGCUGAUCUUUUCUGCUUGCUCGAGCUUGACAGUGCAUUUUCAGCUGAGAACCUUCGGGCCUUCGCGCGAGCAAACACGCUGCUCACCCAGGACCCGCACUACGUGGCGUCACUGCAUUUGGGCAUGAAGCUGCAGGUUGGGAUUUUCCCAAACACUGCCGGCGGGGUGUGCAUGACGAGAGAAGCUUUGCGAAGACUCGCACAGCAUCUGGAGUUGUUGGAGAAAGACGCCCUCACAUACCCUCAUCCAAAGCGAGUUGGCUUCUGGGUGCCAGCUGUGCGCCACCCCGAGCUCGCACGCCGGGUGAACGGCUGUGGCUUCGUUGCUGGUCAUUGGUGGGACAUUAUGCUUGGGCGAUGCUUCGUCGCAUCCAAUGUCACGGUGCAUCCCGCGGUCGAGGACGAGCUUGGGCGCAAUUACUUUACCUCGGAGACGCUGCCAUGCCAAGAGCACCUGGCCAAACGCAGUUUGCCUCCUUUGCCAGGGCCCAGCCUAGCCCCGGACAGCUUGGAGAACGUAGCACGCGCUCUCUGCGAACACUACGGCUUUGCUCCUGAGAUACACCGUUGGGUGCCGUGUCAGCCUUCGGAGGUUACUCCGGUGGCGGACUAUUGGCUUUCGCCGUUUGCGAUAGGCUAUCAUGGUUACAAGAAUCUUACUGACCUGAUGCAUGCAUACCGCAUACUCUACAUGUCCGCUGGAUGCGAUUGGGCUCUGCCGUUCCGGCCAAAGGUGCUGCAGAACAGGAGAGCUGCAAUGGAGCAAAAUGGACCAUGCUUCUCCUGCCCUGCCAAAGCUCUCCAUUGCCCAAGCGUUGGGUUUCGACCUCCGGCUGCGCAGAGGCGCAUGCCACGGCCGGGCCGAGCCCGGGCAGCGCCGUCUACUUUCGAGGAUCCGCUCGAGGACUUCUUCGUGCCAACUGCAAGCUCCAGAGGGGCAGCAGCCGCUGACCCGUUCGAGCCACGAGCUUCCGCCGAAGAACCUCCCAAGACCACCGUUACAGGCCCGCCGGCUGACAAACUCAGCUUCGAGGCACCAUGCAACGAUGAGUCUGAGCGAGUUAUUGCCGUCACGCCACCUCCUGGCCGACCACCGGAGGAUCGUGGUCCUCGAGUGCGGCGAACCGUAUCUGGAGAGGACUCCAGCAGGCAUACGCCGGUUGAGGACCAAUCAAACGAGGUGCAACCUUUCUCCAACAAGGAGCCACAGGUGCUUUUGUCGGCGGAAGCUUCGCCUCAGCCCUUGAGAUCAUGCCUGAAAGGCUCUUCCUCACCGUCUGGCCCGCGAGCGGAGGAACCUACACCACCCAACAGCAUGGGAUCUACGAAGGUUGGCGUGGCCGAUAUCCUCAACAACAGCAAGGAUCUAACUAGCCACCACUGGUUUCCCAACAGUCACCCGAUCUCGCAGAUCUCAGCAGAUCUUGUCAGCAUCGUCGCCAUGGACCGUCCGUUUGUGGCCCUUUGGCUUCUCGGCGGCGUCCUGGUAUUGUGGAUUAGCUCCGUGCUGACAUACGGCUGCAGGGAGCACAGCCCCUGGCACGAGUACAUCGAUCGGAAGCAGCAAAGCCAAUGGAACAAGACCCCGCCAAAGCUAGACUGGAGAAUGCUCCUGAAUUACGCAAUGCUUUUGCCACUCCACUUUCUGCGGUCCAUGGAGACAGCUUCUGGGGACAAGAAUGUCUACUCCUCCACUGAGAAGGCGUUCCUUGCAACACAGCGCAAGGUCUUUAAUGAUGCCGUCAUUAACUUCUUGACUGUGCGUCGUAGCAUGAUGUUCGUCUCGGUAGUGUUUUGCGUGCUGGCCUUCUUCAUCGAAGUCGCCGACGUUCCUGCUGCCAUGAUGACAAGACAGCAAUGGAUCCACAAAAGCCGGAUCGAAAUUGAUGGCGACGUGGUUCGCUUCCCUCAGUUUGUGCUGAUGACCAACAAGACGUGGAACACGAAAGACCCAGAGGCAUGGUUUGCUUAUAGCAAGCACCUCUACACCGGAAUGUUUGCUAAGAUCAUCAGCCAAACGGCAAUGAUGGACAUACUGCAGGCGGUGUUGGAAGUUGCAUGUCAGGGGAUAAGCUGCUACUUGCUCUGGUGGUCGCUGAGAAAGUGGUCACAUUUCAAUCGGUCACACAGAGGGGUGCUUACCGGCUGGGCGUUCAGCCUGGUUGCGCCCUUCUUGGCAACUGUGAUUCCUACGCGCCUGUUUGUGGACUGGACAGUCCUGGACCCUGUGGUGCACACCUUCGCCUCCGAGAUGUCGCAGCACAUGGGCAACCACACCGAAGACCUGGCAUCCACCGUCAAUCAGGCUUGUUUGCAGCUAAUACAUAUGGAAGCGCAAGGGACGGUGGAGAACGCCGAGAGCUUCGCAAUAAAGACUUGCUCCACGCUGCGGAUGACCCCCAAUCGACACCUGAAGUGCUGCUCCUUCAUCAAGCUCGUGGACUUCGACUUCAGGCCGAUCCAUUCAACCUGUGACAAGGUUGAGGAUUACUUGAAGCAGCCAGAUCGGUUCCACAAGCAGGCGAUCGAGCAGAGCACCGAACUGUGCCGGACAACGGUGAUGCCAAACCUCAAGGGCACCAUUGAGCUCGGUUUCGAAAAUGCACUCCAAGUGGCAGCUUCCGCUGGGCCUAUUGCUCAAAGGAUGAAGCAAAGCGUGUCCCUGGGCAUGGGCUUCGUGAACGGGCUUCGUGGCUUCAACACCAUCAUGCCUGCUGCACUGGCACUCGCACCUGCACUCUUGCGAGGAGCACUAAAGGUGAAGGUGACUGCACCUCAGUCCACAAUUCCAGGAAUGUUUGUGGUCGUGUUACCACUACUGUACUGUCCGAUGACAUGGGGGAUGUACCACAUCUUCUUCCAGCUUCUUGGGGAUUUCUGGAUGCUGUUGGGCCUGCUCGUCAUGGCAUUCGGUCCGAUGGUGUACUUGGCUCUCGGGAGCUACUACACCAUUACGCGGCCCCUCACAGAUAAGGCUGUUGCACAGGUCAUGGUCAGCAUGAAUCGGGCGUCAACGAUCCUGGCGAUUAUCGGGUAUGUGUUCAUCUGUACCUUUGCAUGGAAGCGCUACAAGCUAACGAUAGGUGAAGAGGAAUCCGAGGAAAAUGCCAGUGUGGAACGGGAUGCUUACAAGUACAUCGCAGAACAGGUUUCCGUGCUUCAACCGAGCUUUUGGAUCAAACUUGCCGGGGUGGCUAUGGCCAAGUAUUUCUUCACGACUUUGGCAGGAGUCGACUGGAUGAUGGUAGAGAUCGGGAAACAGCGACGGUAUGAGAUCUUGAUGGAGAUCUCUCAAAAAAUCAAAGCUCUGGAGACCAGUGGAACUGCCGUGCGCUACCCAGAAGGUUUGAAAACUGAAGUGGAAAGGCGGGAAAACUUACAGGCUGCUGAGGAACGGUUGCUUCGAUUAGAUUGUGUUUUCUACAUUCUUUAUGACGAGGUGCCAGUACAUGUUGUCGAGGAAGAGGAUAUUAAUCCUCAAAUGCCAUCCAUGCGCAGACGCACGACAGUUCUCGCUCCCGCAGUCAGUCGGAUAUUUGAAGAAGUUGAAAUGCAGGACGUGGAGCAAAACAGCAAGAACGAUGAGACUACGUCGGGAGCAGGAGUGCCCACACCGCUUCCGUCCCAGAUCGAGUUGUCGGAAAGCGAGCCGCGAAUGCCCCAGCCACAAGACGUGGCAGAUGCUCGUGGCGAGCCACCGCCGCCGAGCACCCUGGACAAUGCCUGGUCGUUUUUCUUCGGCUUGCGCGUUCCGAAUCAGUCACGCCCUCAAGCACGCAGUCUAGCGGCACCACGACCAGCACAGGGGUGGCCACCGCCGCCAACCUCCACUGUCCCCGGCUCCCAAAGUUGGAGACCGCAGACGCCAUUGGUUUCGGACUGGGCACAGGGAGUCCAGUAUCAUCCGACACCACAUUUCGCAGCGAACAGCGUCUUGCCAGCACAGUGGCAGGCCUCACUCGGCCCUCCCAGUGGGUCUUGGCCCCGCCACACAGUGGCUCCAGGGCAGCACAUGCGCCCGCAGUUUUAG